AUACGUCAACGUAAAGCCCUUUUUCUCCCAGGCUGCUUCUUUACGAGGGAACCGCACCGAUACCUCCUCGUUCAGAAGGCCCCGGUAGCUGUAAACGAGUUGGCCGAGCGUGUGAAACACCAGAGACGCGAGAAUGUGAAGAAAGGGGCCUUCGAGAUGUCGCAGAAUACAGUGUUGUGUUGUCUGUGAGUUGGCCAAAGACCUUCUCCACCCUUCUCUUGACCAAGAAAGAAGACAACACAAAAAGAAAAGGCUUGUUCAGAGCCCAAACUCAUACUUUAUGGAUGUGAAGUGCCCAGGAUGCUACAAGAUCACCACUGUGUUUAGCCAUGCACAGACAGUGGUACUGUGUGUGGGAUGUUCGACUGUGCUGUGCCAGCCGACAGGAGGCAAGGCCAGACUGACGGAGGGUUGCUCUUUCAGGAGGAAACAGCAUUGAAGGGAGUAGCAAAUGGAAGUCAUGUUAACGAGACAUGCCACUGAUCGAUGCCUUGAUUUUUUUUCUUCAUUGAUUACAAUGAACACGUUUGUGUGGGUAUGCGUUCACCAAUAAGUGACAGGUUUUUUCUGUCGGCAAUCAAGAUGCGAUGUUCCAGAUUUGAAUCUUUAUGGUAACAUCACGACUUGUUAAAACAUGAAAUUUGAAAUAUGCAACGUGUAAGACAUCCCACGAACAGAAUAAAAAAAAAUGAAGCUUUUCAACAA